GUUUGUGUGUGUGUGUCUGGUGUGUGUGUGUGUGUUUGUGUGUGUGAGGGGGUUGUCACUUUCUUCCUGGCAAAGCUUUCGUGGAUUGUUCUAUUUCUGUACUCUCACAUUCCUUUGAAAUAGAAAAACCAGCAGUGGUACGAUGAGCUGCCGAGAGCGACACGAUUACAUCGGUGUUCAAACAGGAAGAGAGAGGAUUUCAUGUCAGUGGAACUCACUCAUUCAACUUUCCUCCGUGCUGACGGGAAAAAUAAGGAGGACAUGCUGAGAUCUGCCAGAAGAGGAGCUGUUGUCUCUACUCCUCGCGGGAACCAAAUAAGGAAAUGACGUCUCAAAUAGAAAAAGUGGAGCAUUGACACCGGGGGUCGCGCGGAACUGUGUGCGCGUGAGAGGUUAAUGAAGGUGUGGGACCCGGCGCUGACACGAGACGAGGAUGGGGGACAUCACUGCAGGUCAGACUACCUUCUACUCCAAUGCAGAGGGCUACUGGAAGGACGUGGCCCCCACGGUGGACGGCAUGCUGGGGGGCUACGGCAGCAUCUCAAGCAUCGACAUCAACGGAUCCAAGGCCUUCCUGCAGAAGUUCCUGGGUGAAGGGGAGGGGAAGACGGGCAGCGGCUGCGCUCUGGACUGCGGGGCCGGCAUCGGGAGGAUCACCAAGCGCUUGCUGCUGCCGCUGUUCCAGACCGUGGACCUGGUGGACGUGACGGAGGAGUUUCUGGACAAAGCCAAGACGUACCUGGCGGAGGGAGGCGAGCGAGUGGGGAAGUACCACUGCUGCGGCCUGCAGGACUUUGUCCCCGAGACCGGGCGCUACGACGUCAUCUGGAUCCAGUGGGUCAUCGGCCAUCUGACGGACGAGCACCUGGUGGAGUUCCUGCGGCGCUGCCAGAAAGCGCUGCGGCCCAACGGCCUCGUCGUCAUCAAGGACAAUGUGUCGUACGAGGGCGUGGUGCCCGACGAGGUGGACAGCAGCGUGUGCCGCGACCUGGACAUCGUGCACGGCCUGGUGGCCAGAGCGGGUCUGCGGAUCGUUCACGAGGAGCAACAGAUGGACUUCCCAAAGGAGAUCUACCAAGUGCACACGCUGGCUCUCAGAUAGGUCUCCUAGGUCUCGUGUAUAUACAGUACGAUGUGUUCGUGGAGUGUGUGCCGCCAAUGCAAUGCAUCCCUGAGUCAUCUCUUCUGAGCUUUAAGGUAUUACUCUUAGGAAGUCUCCUGUUCAAGAUGGACACUAUCCAGCAUGCACUUCCUGUCCGUGUGACGUCCAGCUGUGUCCAAGAGAAAGACGCCCUGUGACUUCUUUGGAAAUGUGGAAGACACCCUGCUCGUGCUGCAUGUUUAUUUAUCACCCACAGGGGGCGCUGUUGUUGAAUAGAAGACUUAUCAGGUCCAGAGGUUCAUCAGCUUCACACACUGGAAGAUAUUCACACACACACACACACACACAUAUUUUCAAUGUUUUUAAAGAGGUUUUUUAUGUACGACGUCUUAUUGGCACCGUGUUUGCAGAUCUAUGUGCUAACGGACCGCAGUUCUGAUUGCGUAUUGAUGAUAAACAGAUGUUCUGGUUUGAGCCGUGGACUGGACACUUUGUUAUAUCCAGGAAAAGGGAAUAAAUCAAAGGCUUUUGAAUGAAA